AUGCCUCCAGAGUCCCCACUGUCUGAACACAAUAGCGCCGAGGACUCUUCCCCACUCACUGAUCAAAAUGUCGCCAUUUUGUACCAAAUCGUCAAGUCCGCCGAGCAACAUCCUGAUGUUGGGAUCCGCCCUUUCCGUGCCAUGUACGCCGCGUACGAGUCAAUCCUCCCUCAGAAUGGACUUCAUCCGGAUCAUGAUCAGACAUACUUGCCCUACUUGUAUAGAUUGGGAGGGAAGAGAGAAGAAGGGCAGUCUCUGUACGAGAGCUUCGAGGGUCUGCUUGCGGAGCUUGGAUUCCAGAUCGAGUUUAUCGCGGAUGGGGAAGGGGUACAAGAGAUCACAAAGGACCUCGGCGCGGAAUAUGAAGAUGAGAAUGGAGCCAAUGGACGAAGGGGAGACACUGGUGGAUCUAUGCGAAGGUCAAGACGAGCCUCUUUUAACUCUAUGUACGAUGCGGAGGACGAGAGCACCAGAGCGAUUCGACGACGAGAUGCAUCGCGCGCUUCUAUGUCUCGCCUUGAAACCAGUCAAUCGGCAGUACUGGACACUCGACCGUCGACGCGAGCAACUACAAGGAGGACAGAAAAGACAGGCGCCAAUGCUCUGUCCUCGAGACCGCCAGCCGUCCAGAACACGAGGGGUAGGCUGACAGCCGAGGAAUUUGCCAAGGGUUCUCCGCACUCCCAGCACGCAGCUGGGUCUAGCCAGGGCGACCGUCAAAGAAACAUUCAACCGAAAUCCAUCGCUUCAGGAAAGAAUGACCAAGCAUAUGCGGCCUCCCCAGUAGAAGACCUUUCUAUAAGCGCCACCGACCGUGAAAACAACACCACCCAAGCGUCGGCAACUCCUCACAACCUUCAGCCUCCAUAUCUACUGAGUGAAAAUGAGCGUUUCUAUAACCCUUCGAAGACUCAACUGCUUCGAGACGCGCACGAUUUUCACUAUUACCGAAUUCGGUCCAUUGCCCGUGAUGCUAUUAAUAAGUGGUGCUUCGCAGCGUCUCAGGCGAGAGACGGACACGAACAUAUGGAACGACUUGCAGCCGCUCAUGACAUGGAGAUCCUUCUGCGCCAGGCUUUUGAGCAUUGGCGUCUUAGAUUGCAUGCGAAAAAACAAGCUGCUGAAACCGAGCGCUUCUUUAACCGCCUGGAACGGAGAGCCACCAAAGCUCGGGAUCUAUUCCUGAUAGCAAAAGCAUUCAGUCAUUGGGCGCAGUGCACACAGGAGGAAGUCUUGCGAACAUCUGAUGCUCGACAGCACGUUCUUAGUACGAAAUACUUUCGGGCAUGGCGUGAGAUCACUGUCAUCAAUCAACUGAAGAUGCGCCGCCAAGGAUUACGAAAGUUCUUUAGGAUCUGGAAGCAGCGAUAUGUUCAAACCUUGACGGACGACAUCAAAGCCGAUCUAAAGCGCCAGGAAGAUCUUUCGAGGAGUGCCUAUUGGCACUGGUUCUGGGUCUUCUGUGAGAGACGAGCCCCGGAAUGGAGGGCUGGGAGGCUCAAGCGGAAAUAUCUGUUCCAAUGGAUAGCCACCUUCAGAAGCGAUGUUCGACUGAAUCAGCAGGUCGUAUUGAAGUCAAUCAACUCGUCAAGGAAGUAUAUUUUCCUACCAUGGCUUGAGAAAGCACGGAUUAUCAUUUCCGCCCGGCGAGAAGCAGACGCCUUCAAUGAGCAAAAGCAAGGUGCCCAUACUCUGCAGGCUUGGAGAAUAGCCGCGGAAUAUGCCCCGUUUGCUCGACAAGUAUCCAACAUGGUUGAUUGGAGAGUGGCUGGUGAGACUUUUGCGAUCUUUGUUACUAGGUACAGAUUCGAAAAGCAAGCUGAGUCCGUCAAUCGAUUGCGUAUCAUGAGGACUGCUUGGACACAAUGGAACGAUCGCUUGCGCUGGCAAAGCUUAUCUCAACGCAUAGAUGAUCGCUAUUUACUCGAAUCCCUGUACAAAUGGGUUAUCGCAGAACGAUGUACACUUUUGCAGCGGCUGUCUGAGGAGAGGCUCAAACGAUUAAUGUUCUACAAACUGAAGCAACACUGCACACUGCGUCAAGCAGAGCGCGAGAGUGGCCGCCAGAUUGUCGAGGAGACACGAAGGAAAAGCUGCCUGCGGUCGCUCGUUCGCCAUUGGUACUCGCAGCUGGGCUCUAAUGGCCAGGAUGAGCGCGUCGCCUUUGAGUUUCGUGCGCCCAAAGUAGCUCAAGAUACUUUACAGUUGUGGAGUCGAGCCUCAGAGCAUGUGCGGGAUCUGAACAGCAUGGCUAAACACGCCAACUUCUAUUUUUUCACAAGGAAAUGCUACAAGCGUUGGCAAUCUGCAACCACUAAUUCUAAGCGGCAAAAGCGUCGAAACGCCUAUGUCCAAGUCAGACGAAGAUCAAAGAUGAACCUUGCUGCAGGGUUGUUGCGGCAAUGGCGUAAUGUCUCUGCGCUGGAACAGGAUAAGCAGCAGCAAGCCGGCCUUAUGGACCGAAAUCGCCUGCUGCGAAUGGGUACCGAGCUGUUCGAUCGUUGGAGAGACCAGUCUGAUCUGAGAAGGGACCAAGACCAUCAGGCAAACCAAUAUUACGAGAGGCGACUGCAAGACCGCCAACUCUACACAUGGAUAGAACGACUCGAGGACCAAGCGAGGCUGGAGGAGACAGCUGCGCUUAAUAAUGAGAUGCGUGUCAAAAACAUUGCUUUCGGCUGGUUCAACAAGCUGCGUCUAAAAAUCAUUGAGCUCAAAGGUCGAGAAGCGAAUGCAGAGAAUCUAAGGGUCUGGUAUGAAAAGCGGCAUUUUCGCAACCUAUUGAGACAUUGGCGCGAUCAGACAGCCGGAAAGCUCGAUCGUCCACAGCAGGAUACGGCCUUCUCAUUCAGAAUCAAGAGGGCGAAGCCUCAAGCCGAAGCAGAUGACCGCGAUGGCCCGACAAGACGAGCAGAAGACUGGACGGACUUUGAUCUUGGUGACUGGAUUCCAGCCCUCGAGGCUCAAUCAAACAGCACACCAUUGCCAGGAUACUUGAGUACACCGUCAAAAAGGGCUGCUCGUGCGAAAGCGUUGGUCCGAGUCUCGACGACUCCUGCAGGUACGCCAUUCGAGCAUCGCCCUCGCUCUCAGACUGGCUCGACAACACGGACUUCUCGAAGAGGUGCUUUUGGGAAGUCUACUACAGCUUUGAAAGGUAGUACUUUUAGGACUAUAGUUGAAGACUCGCCGAGGACACCAUAA